AUGGGAAACGAGAUGAAACGAGGCUCCAUUCCCAUCAUGAUCUUGGCCAACGCCAUUCAGAUGAUUGUGCUCUUGGGAGCCUCCAAGAACGACAAUGAGAACCUCACGAACGCGCAGCAGAUCGUCACGGACAGUUUGAUGAAUGCCCGGACGGUGCAAGCGUUGGGCGUGGAGAAGGGCUUGGUGGAGAUGUACAUGACGUGGGUGGAGAAGUCCAUGUCCGGCAUGUGCAAGCGCAACGUCCUCGCAGGCAUUGGCUUCGGAAUCGCCUCCGGGGUGAUGUUCUUCAUCAUGGCGGGUGGCUUCUACGUCGCCUCCCUCCUCAUCAAGGACGAAGCGGAGGGGUCGUGGGCCGAAAACACACAUCGCCAGGAAGGAAUUGCGGACUUCAAGGGCGUGAUGAUGGCCUUUAUGGGUAUUUUCUAUGCCGGCAUGGGUGCUGGACAGGCCGCUGUGAUGAUGGGAGAUGCCACCAAGGCCAAGGUGGCGUGCCAUGACAUGUUCAAGUUGAUGGACCGCCAGUCGCAGAUCGAGGGCCUGGAUCCCAAGGGCGAUUCUCCGGAGAAGUUGGACGCUGGGAUCAUUGAGUUCAAGGAGGUGAAGUUCUUCUACCCCUUCCGUCCGGAGAUUCAGGUGCUCAAGGGCAUCAACUUCAGGAUCACCACGGGUCAAUCAGUCGGCUUGGUCGGACCCUCCGGCGGUGGCAAGAGCACGGUGAUGUCGCUGCUCCAGCGCUUCUAUGAUCCUCAGGAGGGCAGUGUCCUCAUCGGCGCCGAGAAGCUGCCGCUGCAUUCCUUGAACAUCCGCUGGUGGCGCAAGCAGAUCGGUUUCGUGGGCCAAGAGCCGAUCCUCUUCAACGCCAACGUGCGCACGAACUUGAUGUACGGCGUGGAUGAGAGCGACCAGGUGACCGAGGAGUACCUGCGACAGUGCGAGAAGAUGUGCAACCUAGGCUUCCUCUACAAGAUCCUUGGCGUUCGCCCAGUGAGGGUUUUCCGCUGGGGAGCGCGGGUAAGGAACGGCAACCAGGGCUUAGAGACCGAAGUGGGUCCCCGUGGAUCACGGCUCAGCGGUGGGCAGAAGCAGCGCGUGGCCAUCUGCCGAGCGGUGCUGCGUAAUCCAAAGGUCAUGUUGCUCGACGAGGCCACCAGCGCUUUGGACACCCAGAGCGAGACCAUUGUGCAGAAGGCCUUGGAGGCGGCGCUCAAGGGCCGCACCAGCUUCGCCAUCGCCCAUCGCCUGUCGACCAUCCAAGGCUGCGACGUGAUCCUGGUGAACGCGGACGGCCGGGUGGUGGAGAGCGGGAACCACUCGGAGCUGAUGGCUCUGAAAGGCCUGGAUGCGGAGGACGCGGUUUGCUGGCGGAGGGACGCAGUUCAAGGCGUUCAAAAAGGAAACACAAUAAGAAAGCAAGCAAAGAAAACCAUCAAACAGACUCAAAAGGUCUCCCCGUUUGUAGAGGAGUAA